AUGUCAAAUAUAAAAGUAAGAUUCUUUGUGAAUGGACAAUCAUUAUCAGUCAAACCAAUGACUUCACAAGACAAUUUGAAAACAGCAAGAGAGAAGUUAAAAGAAAAGAUAUCUGAUUCUCAACAAUUUCUUACAAAAGAAGGAGAUUUAAUUGAUAUAAGUGAUGAAGAUUCAUUUACUAUAGGAGAUAUAAUUAAUGAAUCAAGAAUAAUAAAUAUCAAAGAAACAACAGAUAAAACGGAAGUAAGAAUAAAAUUAAAUGAUGAAAUAAUUAGCACUGUUCAAGUGGAUAAGAAAAAAAAGUUAAGUGAAAUCAGAAAAUCAAAUCAAAAUAUUCCAAAAUCUGCACGAUUCUAUACACCUGAGAAUGAUAUAAUUGAAAAAGAAGAUGAAGAAUCAUUUUUAUUAGAAGAUAUAAUAAAUAAUGAUGAAAUUAUUCUUAAAAAUGAGAAAGAAAAAACAUCCGAAAAAAAUGAGAAAGAAAACAUACUUGAAAAUGAUAUUGUAACGGUUGGAAUAUGUUUAAAUGGAAAACCAUUAAUAAAAAAACAAUUCAGUAAGAACAUUUCUCUUUCAGAUAUAAGAAAGGAACUUGAAAAUGUAAAAAAUAUUCCAAAAGACUUUGUAUUUGAAGAUCAAGACAGAUUUAAAGUACUAACGGAUGACGAAAAAACAUUAAAAUUAUCAUCUAUUCUGUAUGACAACAAGAUCACUAUAACAAUGGAAAUGUCUGACACUUCUCUAAACGAUAUUACAUUAUCUGAUUGUUCACCAUGUAAUACUACAGUACCUGUUGGUUCACCAUGUAAUAUUGCAACACCUAAUACUUCUUUAAAUAAUAUUACAGAUGUACCUGAACAAAAUGUUCCAAUUAAAGGAAGUAAAAGAUUGAAAAAUCAUGAAAAAGGAAAAUUGAAAAUAUAUUUAUAUCCAAAUGAACGGUUUAAUACUAUAGAUGAGAGUGAGGCAAUUGCUAUUUUAGUUGUUGGACAAACAGGAAGUGGUAAAACAACACUAUUAAAUAGUUUUGUAAAUGCAUUAUAUGGAAUCAAGAUAACAGAUGAUUUUAGAUAUAUAAUUAUAAAUGAAGAUAAUUUAGAACAGAGUAAAGAUCAAUCUAAAAGUCAAACAAGUGAAGUAUCGAUUUAUUAUAUUAAAAGAACAAAAAGAACACCACCAAUAAAAAUAAUAGAUACACCUGGAUUUGGAGAUUCAAGAGGAAUUGCUUUUGAUAUUGAAAUAACUAGACAAAUAAAAGAAGCAUUUGAAACAAAAGUAUUAGAUUUAAAUGCUAUUUGUUUUGUUGCACAAUCAAGUAAUGCAAGAUUAACAGCAAAUCAAAAAUAUAUAUUUGGGAAUAUUAUUGAUUUAUUUGGUAAAAAUGUGAAAGAGAAUUUUAUUGCUAUGCUUACAUUCUGUGAUGGACAAGACCCACAAAUUAUUAAUGCACUACAAUCCAACGAAUGUAUUUUCAGUUCAAUUAUUCCAUACAUAGAUAAACCAUGGUAUUUAAAAUUUAAUAAUUCAGCUAUUUAUGCUGAUAAUACUGAAGAUGAAUUUACACAGAUGUUUUGGAAAUUAGGUAUGAAGAGUUUUGAUGACUUUAUUAAAAAAUUAAUAAACCUACCAAGAAAAUCAUUAGAUAAUUCCAAAGAAGUUUUAAAGAGAAGAGAACGUAUCAGUGUUGAAAUUGAAGGAUUGAGAGAAUCGUUAAAUAAUGGUUUAUCAAAAAUGGAAGAGAUAAAACAGACAUAUGAAAUAUUUUAUUUGAACCGAGAUAAGGUUAAUAAUAAUCAAAAUUUUACCUAUACUGUAAAUGUAACAGUACAGAAAAAGAAUGAAUUAGAACCAGGAAAAUAUGUAACUAAUUGUUUGAAAUGUAAUAAAACAUGUCAUUAUCCAUGUCAUAUUAAAGGAGAUAUAAAAAAAGGUUGUGCUUGUAUUGGUGCUAAGGAAUGUUGUGAGGUGUGUGGGUGUCAUUAUACAGAACACGCAAACUCAACAUAUAGAUGGGAGUAUGUAACAGAAGCAAGACAAAAAACAGCACAAGAAGAACUUCAAAGAUAUAAUGAAGGUAAAAAGGGUAUGGCUAGUGCAGAAAAUCUGUUAAAAAAGUUAGAAGAAGAAUAUACUAAAAUUCAAAUGGAUUGUUAUGAUAAACAACAAGAAAUUAUAGAAUGUAUUAACAGAUUAUCAGAAAUUGCAUUAAAUGAUAAAAUUAAUAGUUCUAAUGAAUAUUUAGAUUUAUUAAUUGAAACAGAAAAAGAAGAAAAGAAAACUGGAUAUCAAGAACGAAUAAAAGGAUAUAACCAACUUAAACAAGCGAAUGAUAUAAUUGAAGAUAUUAUGAAGAGUUCAAUAACAAAAAAGAGCAAACAAGAGAUCAGGGCAGAAUUUGAAAGAAAAAUGAGUGAAUUAAAACAAGGAGAAAAAUCAACAUUAGGUAAAUUCAUUCAAAAAGUGGGAAAUAUGUUUUUCUGGUAA